AUGUCGGGUUUCCGCGAAACUGUCAAAUUCCACGAAAAAGAAACAAGCAUUGUAAGUUUGUUGACAGGGAGUGGUCAGUGGUUUUAACAAGUAUUUUUAUGAAGAUUUGCACACUCAGCGAGAUCUUAGAAGUAACCAGUGUCCCAAAGGUUUCAUAUCAGGAUGGGCUGACAAGAGCUCCAAGACAGGAGGCCCUUUUAUGGUGUCCUACAAUGUAUUAGAAAAAAAUAACAAAUUAGCUGAACAGAAAUAAUCAUCAUGUCUGAGCAGUACAAUUCCGUGGAAAACAAAGUUGAAAAUUGGCACAGGUAUCAGAACGAUUUGAUUCAGUCUUUGUCAUCACCCGCCUCGAACAACCCACAAGUUUCGUCAGACAGUGACAAAAUGGCUCAACAUUCAAGAGGAGGUUGUGCAAUUGAAAGGAAUGGUUUUAACUGCAGGCUUGAUUCAGUUGAGGAUGAGGAGUUGUUUGGGCCACAAGCAUCAGAUAGCACCAUAGAUACUAACGAUGUCUUUUCGCAUACUGACCUGGAUGAAACAAGGUCAGAUAAAGACCAAUGCAAUAUAAAUUAUAGCAACGUUGGAGCUCUUCCAAACUUUGACCUGCUGGAUGAAUCAUCUGGGAAAAGCAGUGAUGAAAAUCCAGAAUUUAAUUUUGGAUACCCGAAGUCACUUGAAACACCUGAGAAAUUCAAUUCGGGUUCAUCAGGUAAUGGUAGCAUUGGCAUUAAUUCUGAGGACCUUAAGAGCAUUUUGAGACAUCCAAGUGGAAGGAUGUAUGAACGAAGCCAAUCUGCAACAGAUAAAAGAGACAGUUAUAGAAAUAGCAGAGAAAGAAAAUAUGCUGAAAUAGAUUCCCCACCAGAUUUUGACGAAAAUUUCCUAAAAAACCAGCCUAUAGUAAGAAAGUCAAACAGCCUACCAGACCUUGUAACAACCAGCCAGCCUCAGUCAUUGUCACCCAGAACUUGCCCAGACGUCGCUGAGAUUCAGUUUCAUUCUGAGGGGUGGAGGAGUGCUGGUAGUCGACAGAAACAACGGGAGGCCAUAGAAGGACGUAGCUGGCCGUCUGCAACAAGCAGACCAAAGGGCAUAGUACGUCACAUCAGCAUUGCAGAGACAACGGAAGAGCUGUUAUAUAACACUGAGGAUGAGCCAAACAUGGUUGGGAAAGAAGGAAGACAGCUAACCAGCAGGGACCGCACUGAGGAGGUUAAGCUACCUCUUAAGUCACCUUCUGUUGAACGGAGACAGGUCCUGGCCUCCAAGUCCAGUGGAUACCAUACAGGCAGCGAGGGUAAUGGUAGCCAAGAAAAGAAUGAUGAUGCGUUCAGUAGAAGCACCUCACAGAUUUCAAGCACAGUGUUCACAUCACAAGAGAGUGAGGACAAAGGCAGGGAGCUGGAAAUGGGCAAACAGCUUGAAGCCGGAAAGAUUUGUUUCCAGCAGUAUACUGAAAGCAGGGAACCAGAAGUAGGCGAACAGCUGGAAAUUACAGUGGUUGAUAACCAGCUUAAGAAUGAACAAUCGUUCGAAAUUGAUGUCAAAGCUGGAGUUCUUGCUGGCAAUUUACCCCUCGUGUCAAUGCAGUCUUUAAAUGAAUAUGGGCCUAACGAGGAAACAAGUGAAAUGACAUACAGUUCAGAAAUUUCGGGGGAAAUAUUGGACUCGAUGAAUAACAGUAGCUGGUUUGAGUCACAGAGUGAGAGUUUGUUUUGCUCCUAUGAUUCUGAAAAAACAACUAGUAAUCAUGGAAAUAAUAGUCCACAUAGCAGCGGAAGUAGCACACUGACAGUUAUUGAUGCUGUUCGAGGUAAAGAAAGUCUCAAGAGUAAGGAACAAUCUGUUAGAGAAUACUUCCAUCAUGAAGAAAAAGCUAUUUCAAUGACAGAAAAGAACCUACCGUGCAUGAGUUUUACACAAGAAGAUCUCUAUCCUCGAGGUGAUGGCAAGAUAGCCAUGGAGAGUGAUGGAAAGUCAACUGAAUUAAAGAACUCUUCAGCCAAUAGCAGAGUUGUAAACAAUGAAGAAUCAAGUUUAGACAUUACUGGCAUCUUUGAAGCUGGGGCUAUUAGAAAGCAGACAAGCAUGGUCGGGGGUAACAUACCUUAUCAUAUUUUUUCUCUUCAAGAAAGUUUUAGUAUUACAGACAAUGUAGAAAGACUAGCAGAAGAAGAUGAUAAGAAGAUACAGAAGUUUAAACGAAAACAGAACCUGACCUCAUCAGGAAGUAUGGACACAAUGCGUAGCUCUUCGUCCGACAGUCCCAGUAUGGCUGGAUCACCUAUGAGCGCAGGGGCUCAAAAUUACAAGCUGGCCACAGAAAAUUACAAGAUGAAGAAUAGAGUGUCCCAGUUUGAGAAUCUCCUCGCUGAAAAGAGUCCUAAUGAACUCAGUCCCACAGAUGUUGAACAGUUGUUGAACAGCUACAGAUCACCAUCUUUCUCUAUACAAGGCAGCAAUAACAUUGAAAACAUCCACCUUAAAUGCAGCCCUUCCCCAAAAUCAAAACAUUUUUGA